UUGAAUGUGGAAAUCAAUAGGGGCCGCGCCGAAAAUGUUAGUAGAAGAGAUAAGGCGUUGGUGGUUGGUUACUUACUUACCGAAAAACAAACACAGAGACGAUCGAUGAGCAUAUCUAAUCCAUAACAAUAACAACAAAACAAUGACUCCGAGUAUUUCAACCCUUUAUCUCCUCGCUUACAACUCUUUUCAAGCAAUUGGAUGGACGGUUUCAUUAAUCAUCAUUUUGUACAAUCUUCUCUCCACUUCCUCCAUCACCGGAACUUACGCUUCUGCCGGCACUUUAGUUAGUUUUCUGCAAUGUGCUGCAUUCUUGGAAGUUAUACACGGUGCCAUUGGACUGGUUCCAAGCGGCGUGUUGCUUCCUCUGCUUCAAUGGGGAGGAAGGACUCACUUUUUGCUUGCCAUUGUUCGGGGAAUUCACCAGGUCCAGGAGUUACCUUCGGUUUUUAUCACUUUUCUUGCAUGGAGCAUAAGCGAGGUCAUUAGAUAUUCGCAUUAUGCUUUCAGUUGCUCGGGAAAUUGUCCUUCUUGGAUCACCUAUAUCAGGUAUACUGCGUUUAUCGUGUUGUAUCCUAUUGGAGUGUUUCCUGGAGAAAUGUGGUUAAUGUACCAGGCACUUCCGAUUAUAAAGAAGAACAAUAUCUAUGCAGAUUCCUUUUCAAGCCUCCCAUUUAGUUAUUAUGAUUUCCUUAAGGUCGUACUUGUAGUUUAUCCAUUCCUCUGGUUCAAACUAUACCUGCAUUUGUUCAAGCAGCGGCGUUCGAAACUAUAUAAACGCCUUGACAAGAAACGAGCAUGAGGAGCAUUAUUCUUGGUUUUUAUUAAAAGACUAAAGGGUACGACCGUUCAACAUUCCUAAUUCCUUGCAUGCCAGGACAAGUGAUGAUCACCAAAAGUUGAUUAGGGUGUGUUUUAAUUGACUUAUUUGAAUUUAUUUAUUGAUAUGAAUUUUGUGAGAUUGUUUGGAAGAAUUUACAAAAACAGAUUAUGAUAAUUUUUAAUUUUUUCCAUUUUUUUCAUAAAUUAUACAGUAUAGCUUAUGAAAAUUGUUCGUAU